AUGCAAAAAGGUGGCGGCGGCCUGGGUCCUGUGGACCGCGACGUUGCCUUCGAGCCGGACAACGCGGAGGCGGCCAGGCGAGCAGCAAGACGGCAGAGGGCCCUCCUGCGGGAUGCCUUGGAAGUGGCGGCGAGCGCGGCGGUGGCACACCCGCACCUAGUGCAGCUACACACCUACUUCCCGGACGUCAUGGUGGUGGAGUACGAGGGGGACGAGGGCAAAUUCAGGCUGAUGCACGUGGCCGAUACGGCUCCAGGGGACCCUACGGGGGCCAUCAACUUGGUGCUCGUACUCGAGUACUGCGACGGAGUCCUCACACUCUCCCUCUUUCUCUCUCCCACUCUCUCGCGCCAACUGUUUUCCCCGCUGCCCCCGGCAACUGCCAACUGCCAACUGACCCCCCUCCAGUUUAUCUAUUUGACGCUGUUGGAAGUGGCUCUCGCCAUUCGACACAUGCACGCCAUGAGGCUGGCGCAUUGCGAUCUAAAACCCAGCAAUGUCCUGCUCCGUACCGCUCCCCACGAUCCACGCGGCUUCACGUGCAAGCUCUCCGACUUUGGGUGUGUACAGCUCAUGCGCGAGGUUCCGCCGCCACCGCCGCCGCCGCCGCCAACACCGCCAACCACCGUAUCGUCCGCCGGCAUGGAGGCGGCGCCGUCGGCCGCCGCCGCCACGGCGGCGGCGGCGGCAGUGUCGUCGCCUCCGCAAACUGCAUUUGCGGUGGCGGCUGCCGCUGCCGCCGGAGGCGGCGGCGGCGGUACCGCCGUCAGCGCGACGUCGGCGACGCCGGUGUCGGCGCCGGCCUCCGCUGCGGCCGCGCUAUCUGCCUCCGCCGCCGCCGCGGCGGCAGUAUCCGAGGGGGGCGGAUGUCCCCUUCGUUUCGGUUUUCUGUCGGGCCAUGUGUUGGGCACCCCCUCCCACCUGGCCCCGGAGGCCUUUCUCCCCGGGCAGGUCCUGGACGGCUCUGUGGACAUUUACAGUUUCGGCAUGUUGAUGUGGGAGGUUCUGGUUGGCAUUCCCGCGCUCGCGGGGUUAUCCGCCGCCCGUGUGCACUCGUACACGAGCCGCGGGUUGCGACCCCAGUUUCCCGCCAACACACCCGACCACUACCGGAACCUGGCUCACGCGUGCUGGGCUCAGGAUCCAAAAAAACGACCAACUGCUUCGGCACUGGUGGUGGCGUUACACAAGGCACUCAUGCAGGUGUCGCCGGCAGCGGCGUUGGAGGUCAGGUCGAUGGUUAUGGUCAACGAGGCGGCGGCGGGACCGUACGGCGCCGCCGCUAGUACGACAGACAUGGGCACUGCCGCCGUCGCCGUGCCAAACGGCGCGCCGGCGGCGGCGCCGGUGCCUGUGCUGCCGGCGAGUGUGGCGGGCGCCACGGCGGUGGCGGUAGAGAACCCGUCGCACCUUGCCGCCGCCUCCGCCGGUGGCGGCGGCGGCGGAAGCUGGUCUGGUCGUGCCGUACACAACCGGCCUUCUAGCUUAGGUCGAGGUCAGCAUCGAAGCCUGACAAGUCUCGCCACUGGAGGCGAUCUCAACGCCGGCGGCGGCGGUGGCGCCGCCGCCGCCGCCGCCGCAGCGGCAGCGGCAGCAUCACUGCCGCCGGCGCACAUGCCAGAAACGCUGUCGCCGUCGCCUUCACGAUCUUUCCGACGACCGCAAAGCGGUCUUUCCGGGCUGCUGCUGCAGGGCGGCGGCAGCUCCCGGCGGCGAUCCCUUUCCGCGUACCAUGGCGGCGGCAUCGGCGGUGUCAUCUCCGCCACCGCUGCCGCGGCGGCGGUCGCCGCCGCGGCCACCGCCAGCGGUAGUGGCGGCGGCGGCGGCGGCACCAGAGGGGGCGGCAGCACCCCCUUGACGGGAAUAACCACAUCCAACUCCAUCAACAGGGGCAGCAUCGGCGGCGGCUCGCCGCUACUGCUACAGCUGGCACAGUCCCGGAUGAGCCGCUCGUCCAGGGUCGCGGAACAGCUCCUCUUGCCGCCGGGGGGUGAAGAUGGCGGCGGCGGCGGCGGCGCCGCCGCCGCCAGCCCGAAUUCUUCCGUUGUGAGCCGGGACGGUAACUCGGAGCAGCAGCAGCAGCAGCAUUCCCCACUUACCGGUUCGCCGUUGCUGCGGUUUUCCUUGUUCGGACGUACAGGGCCGGCACCUGUCGUACCGCAGUACGUUGGCGUCAAAGGCGCCAGCGGCGAUGGCGCUGUGGUAAUGCCUGCGGCUUGCCAGGGCUCUAACGGCUCAAUCUCUUUUGGUGGCAACGGGAAUAACGGAAACGUGUACGGCGGCGGCCGCGGUGCCGCCGGCGGCAACGGUGGCGGGUUCGGUGGUGGCGGCGGCGGCGGCAGUAGCGGCCACGGGACGGAGGUUUGCCUUGCUACAGCCGCCGACAUGGUAGAUGUUGCUCUCUUGGCGGCGGCGGGGCGAAUCGGCAGCGAUACGGAAGGCCGCGGCGGCGGCGGCGGCAGUAGCGGCGCCGCCGCCGUAUUGUUGGCCCGCGGCUCCUUGAGCGACUUUGGCAUUCUCGUACAUCACGGCGGCGGCGGCGGCGGCGGCGGUACGCACAGUUUUGUGUCUGGCGGCAGUAGCUCCGCGGGCACAAUUGCCGUACCUAACUCCUUGGCGCCAGCGUCCCCGCUGAAAGUUGCUCGUCCUUCCCUCUUCAAUUCCCCCAACUGCCAACACCCCCGACCGCGCCCUGACUCCAACCACAACCACGAACAACAGCUACAGCUGCUACAGCAGCAGCUACAGCACUUGCAGAUGCGGGAAUAUCAGGCGGAUACGAGAGGGGCGCGCGGUACCGCCGGGACAAUGGGUGUGGAGCAGGCGACGGCGGCGGCGGCGGCGGCGGGCCAUAGCGGCGGCAGCAACAGCAGCGGCCGUAGCUUGGAGGUCAGCAGCGGCGGCGUAGAUGCUGUACGGCAGAACGGUCAGGCCGCUGCACGUACGGCAAUGUACGACGAUGACGGCGACGGUGGCGGCGUUGACAGUGGAAGUUCGUUUUAUUCGGUUUCGAACAGCUUGCCGCGAAGCACGUCGGGCGUCGCUGCUGCCGCCGCCGCCGCCGCCGCCGCCACCGCCAACGUCUUGAUUGGAGAUCUCUUACCUCCCUCUCGACCCCAGUCGACAGUCGGCACGUUUUGA